GCACGCGCACACAGCACCAAAGCACCCAAGACCAUAGCAGUCGCUCCAUGAUUGAAAGCCAGAAUAUCUCUCAGGCUACUGAAGGUCAUUGAGUCGGUAGUUGCACUACAUAAUGGGUUCUAUCACUGCGAGGAAGAAUUCCCAAGCGCCGUUGCGGCUGCUGUCAUUGGAUGGAGGGGGUGUACGAGGCCUUUCCUCUCUGAUGGUUCUUCGCGACUUGAUGCAAAGCAUUGCGUUGGAGGAGAAGAGACUUGGACGGCGGGCUCAAGCGGACCACGAACCAUUGAGGCCUUGCGACUACUUCGAUCUCAUUGGUGGCACAUCAACAGGUGGCAUCAUCGCCAUUCUACUUUCUCGGUUGCGCCUCAACUGCGAGCAAUGCAUAGACAUCUAUUUGAAGCUGGCACAGCAGAUCUUCAAGCGUGACCGGUCGUUCAACGCAUUUGGAUUGAAGAUACCAACAGGAGCAACACGGUUCUCUGGGACUGUUCUCGCGGAUGCAAUUAAAUCAUCGCUGAAAGAGCUAGGGUUCGAUGAAAAUGAGCUACUGUGGGAUGAGGCACUCUUUGAAGAGGUUGAAGAUGCUGCCGAAGCAAGGAACAACAGCAUCUGGGCGGACCAGACGCCCGACUUGAUAGUCACUGAGAGCCUUAUAACCACCACAAAGCAUCACGAGGGGGCAAUGCAGUCUAGGCCUGCCUCGUCUACGGACAGGCCUGAGUCAACCUUAUACAGCGACAGUUCCUUCACACCAAAGCCGCUGCCACAACGAAGCGACACAUGGAAACUUCACAAACGUCAAUCCGUCCAUCGCAAAGCAAAUGCACCCGGUUGUCGCGGCUUUGUACUCACAUCACUCAAAAAUGCUCUUGGCCUCCCCAGAAUUUUGUCCACGUACGAUCCCAACGACCGCACCACACGCAUCUGGGAAGCCCUACGCGCCACCUCUGCAGCCCCCACCUUCUUUGAGGAGAUGCAAUUUGGCACCCCUAAGGUGACAUACCUCGACGGCGGCGUCGGCUUUAACAACCCCUGCGCCGAAGUUGAUUACGCCGCCAAAGCUCUCUGGGAGGAGCGUUCAAUUGGUGUCAUUGUUUCGGUGGGUACCGGUCUUCAAAGUUUGUCCAGCGUCAAGAAGACGGCGGUGUGGUUACCGUUUGGCCUCGGCACUGACAUCUCUCUCGCCACCGCGCUGGCAGGCAUGGCAACCUCCACUGCACGAGUGGACAAUGAGAUGCGCCGAAUGUACCAUAACUCUGACACCAAGUAUUACCGCUUUGACGUUGAUCGCGGGCUCGCCAACAUCAGUCUCGAGCAAUGGAUGAGAGAAGAUGAGAUGGCUAGCUUGACAGAGCAGUACAUGCAGGACGGUGAGCAGGUGCGCAAAGCGAGGGAGUUCGGAGAGGUUGUGGCGAAGCUGUCCGCCUUACCACCGAAGUUCGAGAUCCCACCGACGCACUUCAGACUCGGUAUCAGCGGUCACGGCCUCCGCGACGACACAUUCCGCCUCGUACAAGUUGACUUCAAGACUGGCAUUCUCUUUGGUGUCGAACCUCAUCUCUCUGACUUUCCAAAGAUGUCUCAAUUCCGUACCUCUUCACCCUCCGGCGAGGGCGGCCUCACAAUUGACAACAAUGGCGAAUUGCGGAAAAUUUACCCCGUAGCUACAGACCUCGACCACGACGGCCGGCGCGAAGAAGCAUCAGUAUACCAGUGCGUCAAGGCGACUAACAUCUGCAUACGCGAGAUAAAGACUGGUAUUCCGCCGGGCAAGUACAAAGUCCAGUUCGUUGUCGCAUUCCACGAAGCUGAGCACAGGCCUCCACACGAUCUUGUCUUCAGUGUCGGUCGUCCCUUCGAACCACAUACGUUUAAAAGCCGCUUCGUAGAUGUUAAGAUUACUCCAGACGUUGCAGCGGUCCUUUUGCAUCCAGAUGCAGUGCGUGUCAGGGCGGGUAAGAAGAGGUAUGAAGCGAACAAGGGCAGGGGUUGGAUGGAGAUUGAAGGUGAUAUUGAAAUCAACGUUGGCCUUGACGGUGCACUGGGCUUCAUUGUGAGCAAGCGGUUUGAAGAGGGAGUGUUUGUUGAUGGGUGGAGCUUUGGAGGCGUACGGCUUGAACCAGUGUUUGGGGAGAAGCUAAUGAGUUCGCCGAGGAUAUUGACAUAACUGUCGAUACCUUGACUGUCCUGGGCGAUCCCAUCAUUGCCUAUGGCUUACAGGUUGUCAGAAGCAAAUGGUCAUUCAGAGGUGAAGGUACUCUUGACGGCCAAGUCAUACGAUCCUGGAGAUGCUGGAUUCAUGAACAAGAAGGACGAUGUGGACGAAUUUCAGGGGGACUCCACGGAAGUGUUGCCAGACGAUAUUACCGACUUUGCUGAGAAGCAAUACUAUGAGUGAGUGGACUAUGUAGAGCUCG